AUGAAGGAGUAUCUAGAGUCAGGGCUUGACCCUGUAGACAUUACGAUGCUCACUGCGUCAGCAUCUCUCGAUUCAUCUUCUCAACUUCCCUCAGAGGCUCAAGACUCCUGGCCAACACGGUCGAACUCGGAGGACUUGGCCCUAGUUCUCUUCGAGAAUAAUGAGCAUGGCACAAGUUAUUUUAAAGGAGAUAUUCUGGCUAGCUGCUUUAAGAAGAUGGCCGACCGGGGACUCAUUGUCACCGUCGUUCUGGACUGCUGCUUCUCGGGAAGCAUCUUGAGAACCGGCAACGUUCGAGGGGUAGGUAUUCGGUCUGUCAAGUACAACCCUACUGUCGAAGCUGCCACUUCGCCAGAACAUCAGGACGACUUCGGUUCUCACGAUGGAGACUAUCCUCUUCGCAGCUAUACAUUACUAAAUCAGUGGCUUGUUGAUCCGAAAGACUAUACGAUCCUAUCUGCGUGUGGCCCUCACGAAAUCGCACACGAGCUCGAACUCAGCACCGGAGAACGAAGAGGAGCUCUCAGCUACUUCCUCGUGGAAGCGCUAUCUGCCCUAAGGAAACGUGGCGUAGAUAUUAACCACGAGUCUAUCUACGAGUACAUGCGGAUCAGAUUCCACGCUUCUUGGCCACGCCAAACGCCAAUGCGCUAUGGAAAUAAAAACUUUUCGUUUUUCGGCGGUCCUGCUAUUGCAUCUAGCAGACCGUUCGCCUACGUGUACACAAAGAAUAAUAGCUUAUGCUUGGAUGCGGGAGAGGCCCACGGCGUUCACACGGGUGAUAUUUAUAAGCUACACCCGCCUGAGUGGCUGGGAGACUCUGCUAACCAGGUGGGUGACACAUCAGUCACGGCCCGAGUCGACACCGUCCGCUGCCUGACCUCGGAUUUGACGAAUGUCGAACCGGAAACAACCAAGAAAGAGAUCGGUACGGGCUGGCACGCGAAACUACUCACAUCUCUCUCGCAGCGCAAGAUUUCAGUACGGCUGCCGGCAAACGUCUAUGAUCGAGUCCACCAGGCGAAAACCCUGGAAGACCAGAGCUACCUGCACUUAUGCAUCUCCGAUGACGACGGCGAGGCAUGCAUGUUUAACGUUGUCUUCAAUGAUCAAGGACACUAUGAAAUACUCGACGGAUUAGGAGGGACCAUUGCCAAUCUACCAUCCAUACCGGCCGGUGCUCAAGGGGCGGAACAGCGACUGAUGGACACCCUACAGCACCUUUCCAAGUUCAAGUAUGCCGAGGGUAUCGAGAAUCGGACACCCGAUACCUCCUUUGAAAUGCUGUUCUCGCUUGUUUCCUACGUCUGCGACGAAGAGCCGAGCAUCUCAAGUGUCUUUGACGUUGAACAUGGUGGUACCUGGCAGCUUGAGAUUGAGAAUAAAGGCAAGACUGCCUUAUACUUUACUCUUUUCAAUUUCACUCCAUCAUGGAAAAUCAAAAACCUUCUCUCAGAGUUGGGCCACAAUGGCUUUUGGGUUCUGGAGCCUAACAGUAAGGCGGUUCUGCCGCUAGUUAUGAAGGUCCCCGAACUUCUUCAAAUAAAAGGCACGCGGUGCUGCGAAGAUAUAAUCAAGGUCUUUAUCACUAGCAAGGCAACAUCUUUUCCGUCCAUGAUACUACCUGAGAUUCCUCUUUAUAGAUCACACUAUCGUGGACAACACGACGAGGCUCGCGAUGGAUUAUUAGCGCUUAACACAGGCUUAACAGGAUCCCCAAGCGGCCAUAAUACGGGGUAUGAGAGAUGGGCUACACAAAACUUCAUCAUCAAAACAAGAAUGACUUAA